AUGGCAGAGAAAUUAUACAGGUGUCUCGCUGUCCUAAAGGAACAUAACACCACCCUAGACAGCUGUCUCGCUGUCCUAGAGGAACAUAACACCACCCAAGACAGGUGUCUCGCUGUCCUAGAGGAACAUAACACCACCCUAGACAGCUGUCUCGCUGUCCUAGAGGAACAUAACACCACCCAAGACAGGUGUCUCUCUAUCCUAGAGGAACAUAACACCACCCUAGACAGGUGUCUCGCUGUCCUAAAGGAACAUAACACCACCCUAGACAGCUGUCUCGCUGUCCUAGAGGAACAUAACACCACCCAAGACAGGUGUCUCACUGUCCUAGAGGAACAUAACACCAACCUAGACAGGUGUCUCACUGUCCUAGAGGAACAUAACACCACCCUAGACAGCUGUCUCGCUGUCUUAGAGGAACAUAACACCACCCUAGACAGGUGUCUCACUAUCCUAGAGGAACAUAACACCACCCUAGACAGGUGUCUCAAUGUCCUAGAGGAACAUAACACCACCCUAGACAGCUGUCUCACUAUCCUAGAGGAACAAAACACCACCCUAGACAGGUGUCUCGCUGUCCUAGAGGAACAUAACACCACCCUAGACAGGUGUCUCACUAUCCUAGAGGAACAUAACACCACCCUAGACAGGUGUCUCGCUAUCCUAGAGGAACAAAACACUGACCAAGACAGGUGUCUCGCUGUCCUAGAGGAACAUAAAACCACCCUAGACAGGUGUCUCACUAUCCUAGAGGAACAUAACACCACCCUAGACAGGUGUCUCACUAUCCUAGAGGAACAUAACACCACCCUAGACAGCUGUCUCGCUGUCCUAGAGGAACAUAACACCACCCUAGACAGGUGUCUCCCUAUCCUAGAGGAACAUAACACCACCAUAGACAGGUGUCUCACUGUCCUAGAGGAACAUAACACCACCCUAGACAGGUGUCUCACUGUCCUAGAGGAACAUAACACCACCCUAGACAGUUGUCUCACUGUCCUAGAGGAACAUAACACCACCCUAGACAGGUGUCUCACUGUCCUAGAGGAACAUAACACCACCCUAGACAGCUGUCUCACUGUCCUAGAGGAACAUAACACCACCCUAGACAGGUGUCUCACUAUCCUAGAGGAACAUAACACCACCCUAGACAGUUGUCUCUCUAUCCUAGAGGAACAUAACACCACCCUAGACAGGUGUCUCACUAUCCUAGAGGAACAUAACACCAACCUAGACAGGUGUCUCACUAUCCUAGAGGAACAUAACACCACCCUAGACAGCUGUCUCGCUGUCCUAGAGGAACAUAACACCACCCUAGACAGGUGUCUCGCUGUCCUAGAGGAACAUAACACCACCCUAGACAGCUGUCUCGCUGUCCUAGAGGAACAUAACACCACCCUAGACAGGUGUCUCCCUAUCCUAGAGGAACAUAACACCACCAUAGACAGGUGUCUCACUGUCCUAGAGGAACAUAACACCACCCUAGACAGGUGUCUCACUGUCCUAGAGGAACAUAACACCACCCUAGACAGUUGUCUCACUGUCCUAGAGGAACAUAACACCACCCUAGACAGGUGUCUCACUGUCCUAGAGGAACAUAACACCACCCUAGACAGUUGUCUCACUGUCCUAGAGGAACAUAACACCACCCUAGACAGGUGUCUCACUGUCCUAGAGGAACAUAACACCACCCUAGACAGCUGUCUCACUGUCCUAGAGGAACAUAACACCACCCUAGACAGGUGUCUCACUAUCCUAGAGGAACAUAACACCACCCUAGACAGGUGUCUCGCUGUCCUAGAGGAACAUAACACCACCCUAGACAGCUGUCUCGCUGUCCUAGAGGAACAUAACACCACCCUAGACAGGUGUCUCCCUAUCCUAGAGGAACAUAACACCACCAUAGACAGGUGUCUCACUGUCCUAGAGGAACAUAACACCACCCUAGACAGGUGUCUCACUGUCCUAGAGGAACAUAACACCACCCUAGACAGUUGUCUCACUGUCCUAGAGGAACAUAACACCACCCUAGACAGGUGUCUCACUGUCCUAGAGGAACAUAACACCACCCUAGACAGUUGUCUCACUGUCCUAGAGGAACAUAACACCACCCUAGACAGGUGUCUCACUGUCCUAGAGGAACAUAACACCACCCUAGACAGCUGUCUCACUGUCCUAGAGGAACAUAACACCACCCUAGACAGGUGUCUCACUAUCCUAGAGGAACAUAACACCACCCUAGACAGGUGUCUCUCUAUCCUAGAGGAACAUAACACCACCCUAGACAGGUGUCUCACUAUCCUAGAGGAACAUAACACCAACCUAGACAGGUGUCUCACUAUCCUAGAGGAACAUAACACCACCCUAGACAGGUGUCUCCCUAUCCUAGAGGAACAUAACACCACCCUAGACAGGUGUCUCGCUGUCCUAGAGGAACAUAACACCACCCUAGACAGGUGUCUCACUAUCCUAGAGGAACAUAACACCACCCUAGACAGGUGUCUCACUGUCCUAGAGGAACAUAACACCACCCUAGACAGGUGUCUCACUAUCCUAGAGGAACAUAACACCACCCUAGACAGGUGUCUCGCUGUCCUAGAGGAACAUAACACCACCCUAUACAGGCGUCUCACUAUCCUAGAGGAACAUAACACCACCCUAGACAGGUGUCUCUCUAUCCUAGAGGAACAUAACACCACCCUAGACAGGUGUCUCACUGUCCUAGAGGAACAUAACACCACCAUAGAUAGGUGUCUCACUGUCCUAGAGGAACAUAACACCACCCUAGACAGGUGUCUCACUAUCCUAGAGGAACAUAACACCACCACAGAGGAACAUCACAUCACAGCAGGGGAUGUUACAUGA